UCUAAGAGGUGUCAAGCAAUAUCUAAUGGCCAUGGACCACAAUACUACUAUAAGCUCAACUUCUACAACCACUGAGCUUUCUAGGGCUUAUAUUAAUAUGGAAAGGUUACAAAAUGAAGUUUCUGAUGAUACUGACGAUACAGAAAUUAAUGACGAUAGUGUUGAUAUCGUUUCGACUAAUUGUAAUGAAAGACAUACAAGUGAUAAUAACAAAUUUUCGAUUGAUAAUAUAUUAGGUAUCGGCAAAGGUAAAGACAUGUGUGUGGGAAAAGAUGGGAACAGAGACAUACACAAGUGUAUAGUGACUAAGGUUAAAUGUUUAAAACCGACAGCUAUUCCAGCAUCUAGGAAUACAGGUAUUUUAUAUCAAUCAAUACUUGAUAUUCAAAAGUAUGAAAGUGCAGAACCGUUACCACCGGAUCCAGAAGUACACGAGUAUGGUCCUCCUAAAGUAUCGCCCAGUGUUUCUUCAGAUUCGCCGUUUGUUCACUAUCACCUUCAACAAGCUGUUUCACAAUCGUCUUUACAUUACACUGGUUGGUUAGGAUCUCAGGAAGCUAAAUCUACUAGUCAUAUUUUUGGCUUACAAGCUCCUAAACCAUGUAACCGACGAUCCCGUAAACCAGGACUGGAUCGAAAACCGCGCCAGGCAUACAGCGCGAAGCAACUGGAGCGACUCGAAAGCGAAUUCAAAAUCGAUAAAUAUUUGAGUGUUAGUAAACGUAUGGAACUGAGUAAAGCUUUAAGUCUCACCGAAGUUCAGAUUAAGACUUGGUUUCAAAAUCGAAGGACCAAGUGGAAAAAACAACUCACCACGCGACUCAAAAUGGCACAGCGACAGGGACUUUUUCCUGCACACUAUUUUGCUCCUACAGCGAUGGGACCAUCAUAUUCGUCAAUAUUUACACCAUAUUAUUCUUCCUUGGGAUGUAUGUUUGGGGUAACACCUAUAGAGAAUUCGAGUAGUAACGUCGAUGCUACCAGAAGAGAAAACUGAAACUGAUUACUUUUAAUUUAAAACUAAGUACAAUUUCUAAUUCGGAUAAUUUCGCAUCAAUCUGAGUUUUAUUUUUAUUCGAAUAUUAUAGUAGGGGAGACAAGUAUGCUAAAUUUGCAGUUACUCGAGCGUUAUGAGGACCUAUUGGGACCUUCUUCUUAGGGUGCUUAUAGCCUAUCCGUUCCGAACGUCGGCGAUCAUUCUGACUAUGAUGAUUUUGUUGGUUGCUAUACCGUUUUGCACAACGUAAUUGUGUUGAGGUCUUUCUGUAGCAUGCUCUCAGGUUAGCAAGCCAGGAUAUUCUUCUUCUUCCUAGGACCCUUUUCCCUUCAAUUUUACCUUGCAACAUGCAUUGGAGUAGCUCGUAUCUUCCUUGAUUUCUCAUUAUAUGUCCCAAGUACUGUAGCUUACGGCCCUUUACGAUGUUGACCAAAUCUGCGGUUGUGUUCAUCCUCCGUAGUACUUCUUCAUUGGUGACUUUGUCUGUCCAUGGUAUUUUCAGGAUCCUUCUGUACAAUCAUAGCUCAAAAGCCUGAAAUUUCGAUAAACUUUCCACCUUCAAUGUCCAUUUUCUACUCCGUAUAGAAGCACUGAAUAGGUACACGUAACAUUUAAGGAGUCUUAUUUUUGUUUAUAGGGUGCGUUCAUGGCUCUUGAACACAUAAUUCAUAGUCAAGAAUGCACUUUUUGCUUUUCCGCUGCAUACGAUAUCUAAUCUCUUGGGUAUUGUCCCACGACUCAUUGAUUAUAGUUCCCAAGUAGUUGUAUUGUGAGACACGUUCAAUUCGCAUUUGGUACACAUACAGAUUUGCUCCAGUUAUGUUUUUCUUCUACGUCUUCUGCUACAUCUUCUCUGACCUUUUUUAUGGUAUUAAAUCAUGGACCUUGAAAGAAAAUUGAAGCAUUUGAGAUGUGGCUGUAUCGGAAAAUUCUUAAAAUCCCAAGGACUGAUCGGGUCACAAACGAGGAGGUCCUUAGAAAAAUGAGGAAGAACAGAGUGGUACUAACCACCAUCACAUCUCGAAAGUUGGAAUACUUUGGACACAUUAUGCGAAAUAAAUCCAGAUAUGCCCUCCUACAAGCCAUCUUGCAAGGAAAAAUAUUUGGAAAGCGAGGUCCAGGAAGAAGAAGAACAUCCUGGUUAAAAAACCUCAGAACCUGGUUCAACACAACACCUGUGCAGCUUUUCCGCGUUGCUGCAGAUAGAGUGAAGAUUUCCAUGAUGAUCGCCAACAUUCGUCACGGAUAGGCACAUCACGAAGAACAAGAAUUUUUUCCUUGCUGAUGGUCAUUAGCUUUGUUUUGCCGGUGUUUAUAUCCAGUCCAUAUGUGCUACUUGUUUCCUUUGUUUUUUUCAUUAAAUUUUGCAGCACUUCUAUCGUAUUGGAAAACACUAUUGUAUCAUCUGCAUACCGCAGGUUACUGAGCUUGACUCCAUUUAUUGAGAUACCUUCGUCAAUAUCUUUUAGAGCCUUUUCAAAAAUGUGCUCUGAGUACAGAUUGAAUAUCAGCGGUGAAAUUAUGCAUCCCUGUCUCACUCCCCUUAAGAUUUUGACCUGAUCUGUAUAUUCUCCAUCUAUUCGGAGCACUGCUGAUUGAUUCCAAUACAGGUUAGCUAUUAUUGUCAGGUCUCUUGCGGUAAUGCCUGUCAUGUUCAGCACUUCCAUCAGUCUUCUUGUAGUAAAUCAGACAUGCAAAAACAUCACAGCUGACACAGUUCUGAAACAAAAGUCUCCCUCGUACUAAGGGCGUUCACAAAUUUAAACUUAUUGGACGCAAUUUGUUCUUCGAAUUUUCGGUAAAUUCUUUUGUGAAUUACUUUUAAAAACAGCUUCAGCAGAUGGCUUAUUAGUCGUAUGGCCAUAAUAUAGUCUUCACAAACUUUUGCUCCUUGUUUUUUGGGCAACGGUACAAACUCAGAUUUGAGCCACUCUGCUGGUAUUUUCAUUGCCUUGUAAAUGUCACUAAAUAUUUCAGCUAUUAUUUUUAUUGGUUCUGCAUCUAAUAGUUUCAGCAGUUCUGCAGGAAUUUCAUCGAGUCCUGGUGCUUGUCCAUCCUUUUCAUUUCAUUGAGACCUAAGGAAUCGAAAUCUGGAAUAAAAAAUUGGGGCUCCUAUUUAAGGUUUUAAAGUAAUCCCUCACCCCACAUCUGUGGGGUGAGGGAUCGUAGAUUCGAUAGAUUUUUGAAAAAUAUUAUAAACACGUAUUUUUCAGUUUUUCGAUCUGACGUUCAUUUCGCGAAAUAUUCGCUUUUUGGUGAAACUUUGUGACUCGCCCAUUUGCUUACGCCCCGCAUAAAUCAUCAGAUGUUCUGUAUGCACUUAACUUACCUUAUCUGACAAUUUCAGGUUUUUCUUUUCUAAGUAUAGAUUUGUUUUGGACCCCUUUAACGAACUUCCCUAUAUUAAGAGUCCAUAUAUGGUAGGGGUACAUUUAAAGGGUACAAAGGUUUCUCCCCACGUGAUUUUCUGACGCGCUCGAGUAACUGCAAAAAUCUCCGCUUGGGCUCCCCCCUACCAUUAAGUAUCUUAACGUGUAAUUAGAUAGUAAGUAAACAUUUUUAUUGUGAUUAUAUUUCUUAAGACAAAUUUUUUAAAGAAAAUGAUUUACAUAUCUUUUAUGUACUUAAAAUUAUUAUUGUUUUUACUCUAUAGAAAACAGUG